AUGGCGCAUCGGUGCAUGCCCCGCGCUUUGGCAAUCAACCUGCUGCUGUUGCUGCUGCCAACGUCGUCGGCUCGCACCACCACCACCAUUCGCGCGCCUGGAAGCGCGGCUCGGCUGCUUGCCUCACCGCGCGCUGGCGUUGCCGAUGACGUGGCGGACGCCGGCGGUUUUGAUCCGCUCGCCCGGGAGCUGCGGGCGCUGAGCCCGGCAAAACGCGACGCCUGGAACGCGUUUCGCACGCGGCAGCUCAACGACCAGCGUCGGCGGCGCAAGCAGUCGUGGGGCCAGCGAGGGCGGGCAGCCGUUGAGCCGGGAGAGAUUUACGACAUGGACGACUUUGCGACGCGAGAGCCUGCUCCGGCGGUGCUCGGAAGCGACCCGGUGGAGGGCUCGCCUCGCGACUUGAGCGACGACGCUCUCAUGGACGAGGAGCAGGCGAACCUCGCCCUGCUGCGAGAGUUCUUGCGUGCGAGGGACGACCUGAGCGGCCGCGUGUCUGAGGUGCGCCCUCCUCCAGAGGGGGACUGGGGGCAGGGAUGA